AUGGGAUCGGCUCCCGUGUCGGCCACGCUCCAUCCGUCCGUACUCUUCAGCAUCUGCGACUCGUUCAUUCGCCGCAACGAGGACACGCAGCGCGUCAUCGGAUCGCUCCUAGGAGUCGUGCAUCCCGACGGCACUGUAGACAUCCGUAACGCGUAUGCCGUACCUCAUAACGAGAUCAGCGACACGGUGGCGCUGGACAUCGAGUACCAUCGCACCAUGGCGGAGCUGAGCCAGCGCGUCAACCCCAAGGAGACCAUCGUCGGCUGGUACUCUACCGGCUCUGGUGUGAGCCCCUUCGACGUUUUGAUUCACGACUUUUACACCAAGGAGGCGGGUCACCCCAUCCAUCUCACCAUCGACACCACCUUCCAGUCGCUCGCCGCUGGUGGUGCUUCCGGCCAACCAGGCGGCGCCACGUCAGCGGUGCGCGCGUACGUGUCGACGCCGCUGUUCAUCGGCGAGAAGCAGCUGGCGGCGGCGUUCCAGGAGAUUGAGGUGGACAUGAGGAUGGCUGAUGCGGAGAAAAUUGGAUUUGACAACCUUCGCAGGACGAGUGUGGAGCGCCUACCAGCGGACAUGGAGGGGCUGGAGGCGACCAUGGGCCGACUGCAGGGCAUGGUGGAUGGAGCGCUGGGUUAUGCGACUGAUGUGGUGGAGGGCAAGAUGGAGGCGGACAACGAGGUGGGGCGGGCACUGUGGGAUGCCGUGGCAGCAGUUCCGCGGAUCAGCUCAGAGGCCUUCGACCGGCUCUUCAACAACAGCGUGCAGGACGUGCUUUUGGUGCUGUACCUGGCCAACCUCACCCGCGCACAGCUGGCACUAGCAGACAAGCUCAACACAGCCGCCCAACAACUUUAG